GCGAGCUGUCGGUUGGGCGAGGGCUGCGCCUGUCAGGGAAGGUGGCGCGAUGGCGGCGCUUUAUGCUUGCACCAAGUGCCAUCAACGUUUCCCCUUUGAGGCGCUCAGCCAAGGCCAGCAGCUGUGCAAGGAAUGCCGGAUUGCACAUCCUAUGGUUAAAUGUACUUACUGUCGAACUGAAUUCCAGCAGGAAAGCAAAACCAACACAAUAUGCAAGAAAUGUGCUCAGAAUGUGAAACUGUAUGGGACGCCAAAACCUUGCCAGUAUUGCAACAUAAUUGCUGCAUUUAUUGGUAACAAGUGCCAGCGUUGUACAAACUCUGAGAAGAAAUAUGGGCCUCCACAUUCCUGCGAACAGUGCAAGCAGCAGUGUGCCUUUGACAGGAAAGACGAUAGGAAAAAAGUAGAUGGGAAGCUUCUCUGCUGGCUUUGCACGCUGUCCUAUAAGCGAGUCUUGCAGAAAACCAAAGAGCAACGUAAACACCUGAGCAGCUCUUCUCGAGCAAGCUUGCAACAGAAGGAACAGUAUGGUAGGCUCAGCAGCAGUGGCCACUAUAACAGCCAGAAAACAUUGUCCACGUCAUCAAUUCAGAAUGAAAUCCCAAAGAAGAAGCCUAUGUUUGAUGCCAUAUCAGCCAAUGGGGACAGCGUUCCUUCCUCUCCCGAGAUGCUUUGCCCCCCUAUCCAGAGUGCCCCAUCCGUGUUGGCGCAGUGGGCCGCUUCCCAACAGAGUCUCGUUGCCCACGAUUGUCCUGUUUCUCAAGGCACUGACAUCCUAAAUUUUUCUCCAGACCUUGCCUUGGAUUCUCCUGGCACAGACCACUUUGUCAUCAUAGCCCAGCUGAAAGAAGAAGUGGCCAGCUUAAAGAAAAUGCUGCAUCAAAAGGAUCAGAUGAUCCUUGAGAAAGAGAAGAAGAUAACUGAGCUGAAGGCUGAUCUGCAGUACCAGGAAUCCCAGAUGCGGGUCAAAAUGAACCAAAUGGAAAAGACUCACAAGGAGGUCACAGAACAAUUGCAGGCCAAGAACAGAGAGCUCCUCAAGCAAGCUGCAGCUUUAUCCAAGGGCAAGAAGCCUGAGAAGCCAGGGGCAAUCACCUCCCCUUAAACGUAACACAGAAGUUCAUCCUGCCUCAAAAGAGCCUUUGGGCUGAUAUCUCUGUCAGUUCUGUUGGAAUCUUUCCUGAUCCUAACUUUGAUUGCCAUUGCAACAGACAUGACUGCGAACCUGUUGUGUGCAGCCACUCAGUAGCAUGCUUGAGUGUUGGGUUUUUAAUAAUGCAGUUCCCUCAUUGCUAUCCGGCAAGAAGGGAUGCUUCCCACCAUCCCUGUCCCUCCUGGUUCCCAACCCCAAAGCACUCUCAGUGUGGACAUUUUGCAGAAUCGGGUUGAUUAUUGCUGCCAUCUGGCUUGUAAGGAAAUGGAUUGUUUUGGAAACAGGAUCUUUCUGAUGCACACUCUCUCUUUGUUCUAAGCGUACGUACAUACAUGCCAUCAAGUCACAACCGAUUUACAGCAACCCCAGCAAGGGCUUUCAAGGCAAGUGAGAAGCAGAGGUGGUUGACUGUUGCUUUCCUCUGUAAAGCCUUCUUUGAUGGAUUCCUGUCCAAAUACUGACCCUGCUUAGCUUCCAAGAUCUGAUGAGACUGGGUGAUACCAUGCUGCCUCCCUUCUGAUAUGUCCUAGGCAUACAAAGCUGGAAGCCCUUUUUAGUGUUUUGCUUGUGGUUAGCAUUUUAGAAGGAAAUUCUUAACUUUCCUUACUAAUGAAGCAUUAGGCCAGAAUGCAAGAGCAUUUCUAAAAUGUUUUGGGGAGGGAGGAAUUCUAUGGUGGGGGGGGGGGGGUUGCAGUAAACAAAAAAACUGCCAUCUGGAUUACUAGAUAGUUAACAUCUCCUUGUUAACAAAGCUUAUUAAUUUGUAUGGAAGAGACUUUUGUUAUAUUAUGCCAAUUUACCCGGCUUUUUUUGUUUUCAAAGAACUGGUAGGCUCGGGGGCUUUUUAUCAUUAGAACUUGACUUCUUUCUCUUGUUUGUUUACUCUCUUGUGAGGAGGAAAGGUUGAAGGGUGACUAUGGGGUUUAUCCUGACAAUAAUGACGCACAACUGUUCAUGGUGUUCUUUGCGAGCUGGGUUGUGAAUGCCCACCAUGUUUUGAGUUAACUCACAGUGGUGCAAGAGGACAGGGGCUUGUAGGAAAGGACAGAUUUUCUCCAAAAUGGUGUUGACUGUGAGAAAAGGGGACUGCUUGGAACUCCAGUGAAGUCAACAGGGAAUCUGAUCACUUAACCCCCUAUCCUAAUUUAGCGGACAGAUUAAAUGAAUUUGACCCAUUUUUUACCCAUGCCCUAAAAGUAUCUGUCUGGAAAGGGGGUUGUUCAAAAAAGCUGAACUGCCAAGACUGGGACAAAGCACGUAUGUCUCUGCCAGUUUGUUCUUUUGUGCAGGGCCCAGGCCCGAAGAGCUGGUUCAGUUCAAGAGACCUGACCCUGGAAGUGCACGUGAUACAGCCACUUGAGCUGAGAAAUGAACCUUUUGUAAAAAAAAAAAAUUAUAAGGUACAGUGCAGUUGCUCUGUUGGAGUUUUUUAUGGCUAUUUUAAAGCAUAUAUAUAAUGGAUGGUUUUCUUCUGUAGCACUUUGAAGAAGUAUGAUCCUUGAAUGUGGAAGGAAUGAUAUGAAAAUGAAUUCCCUGCUGUGGGUUAUUUAUAUUUUGUUGGGGCUAUUUUUUGUUGUUGUUUUUUUAAAAAAAAGAAUCUUGGCCUGUUUGAGAAGGUAUCAUCCUGCAAGAACAUAACAGCGGAGACCUAGUUUUUAUACAUAAAAUGUUCUUAAUCCUGAUUGGUAGAAACUUCUAAAAAAAAUCCUCAGCAUUGAUUUUAGAUUCUCUAGUCUAUGAAAAUGAAGACAAAGAAGGGACUUCCUGUAAAUAGUGUCUCUUUCUCAAUUGUGGACAAACUUGAUCAUGCAUUUUAAGUGGGUGAUUUAUAGUAACGCUGUUUCUAUAUCUUGUUUGUAAUAUUGAUGACCUUAAAAGAAUGCUUUUAUUUGUACAAAAAAUGUAAAUAUUGCAGGGGAAGGGGAGAACUGGGAAGGGGAAACUUGUUCGGUGGUUUUAUGUUUUGAUAUUUUGACUAUAAUCCUUUCUUGGGCAAGUCAGCCCAUCUUUUUCUUGGUCUUGGGCCUGAUCCAGCAUAGCCCCUGGAGCGCUGAACAUGAAAGCGCAAGGAGCUGCCGGUGCUAUUGUGGAAUUUGACAUCCGUAGAGGAUUAAACAGUAUUUUCUGUAA